UCGGCGGGCGCGCCGGGGUCCGGCGGCUGGCAGCGGCGGCCUGGGCUUGGUUCUCCAGUGCCGUCUUUUCCCGUCUACUGCUCGGGACGUACUACUAGGAUCCAGCUCCGGCUGCUCAACAGGCAGGCGGAGGCGGAGGCAGAGGCGGAGGCGGAGGUGCAGCGAGGCCGAGGCGGGAGUGCCGUGCCUGUCGCGCGGGCCCCUCCCGUCCUAGCCGCCGCCCGGGCGGCAGCGUGCUCCAUGCAUCCGGAGCCCGCCCCGCCCCCGCCCAGCAGCAGCAGCCCGGAGCUUCCCCUCGCCAGCGGCGGCCGCGGCAGCUCUCCCCCGAUCAGCGGCAGCCGCCGGAGCCGCCGCCGCAGCGGGGACGCCGAGCCGCCCGGGGCCGCUCCGCCGCCGCCACCACCUCCUCUGCCCGGGGCUGCCGUCUCAUACCCGGACUGGGUGGGCCAGAGCUACCAGGAGGUGAUGAGCCUCAACGAGCACUCCAUGCAGGCGCUGUCCUGGCGCAAGCUCUACCUGAGCCGGGCCAAGCUUAAAGCCUCCAGCAGGACGUCGGCGCUGCUCUCGGGCUUCGCCAUGGUGGCCAUGGUGGAGGUGCAGCUGGACGCGAGCCACGACUACCCGCCGGGGCUGCUCAUCGCCUUCAGCGCCUGCACCACGGUCCUGGUGGCCGUGCACCUCUUUGCCCUGAUGAUCAGCACGUGCAUCCUGCCCAACAUCGAGGCGGUCAGCAACGUGCACAACCUCAACUCCGUGAAAGAGUCCCCCCACGAGCGCAUGCACCGCCACAUCGAGCUGGCCUGGGCCUUCUCCACGGUCAUCGGCACGCUGCUCUUCCUGGCCGAGGUGGUCCUGCUCUGCUGGGUCAAGUUCCUGCCCCUCAAGAAGCAGCCCGAGCCGCCGCAGCCCAGCAAGUCCCCCGCCGCGGUGGGAUCCCACGGGCCGGGGGCGUCCAACGCCAGCUUCACGCCGGGCCAGGAGGCGGCCAUCGCCUCCACCACCAUCAUGGUCCCCUUCGGCCUGGUCUUCAUCGUCUUUGCGGUCCACUUUUACCGCUCGCUGGUCAGCCACAAGACCGACAGGCAGUUCCAGGAGCUGAAUGAGCUGGCCGAGUUUGCCCGGCUGCAGGACCAGCUGGACCAUAGAGGGGAUCACCCGCUGACCCCUGGCGGCCACUUUGCCUAAUGGUCCGCCCCAGCCCCGUAUCCCGGAGCCGGGGGGCUCCGAGGGAGGCCAGUUUGGGCAGCCCUGGAGGUGUGCAAGGAAAGCUGUCCUGCCUUAACCCCACUCCUCUGUCCGAGGCUCCAACCUGGGGAGGUGGUUCGGGGCUGUGCGGAGGAGAAGACCAGUUUUUUUGUCUUUAAAGCCUUGACUCGAAGCCCCCCAGCCUUCCCUUCUGGUGGGUGAAGCAGCAGGGCCUCUUCUUUCCUGCCCAGCAUCCCCAAAGGGCCAUCUUGGAUCCCUUGGUCCUCCUUUUGUGGAGCAGCGAGAGAGGAUGCGCGUGUGUGUUUGUGUGUGUGUGUGUGUGUGUGUUUGUGUGUGUGUGUGUGUGUGUGUGUGUACAUACAAAAUAUACACGUACGGGACUUGGCUCUGUGUGUGUCCGUGUUUGUUGGGCUGGGGGUGCCCGGUUUUCCUGGGGUGUGUCGUCCCCUUUCCAUGCUUUCUGCCUUUGCCCGACCCUUGGUUUUCCCCAGGUCAGGGCAGAGUCCUGAGGGCUGUCCUCAGGCAAUGGGGGAAUCUUCUUCAUCUAAAGGGGAAGGGAGAGCUGGAAUAGAGGAGGGGACACCAGCGGUCCUCUAACUGGGGAAUACCCCAAUUUGGGUGUCUUUCUUGGCCUCACUUUUCCCACCCGUAAAAUGAAGGGCCCAAACUAGGUGGUUUCUGAGAUCCUUUCUGCCCAUCUCCAUCUCCUCUUUCUGAGCAGUGACCGGCCUCCCAACAUGCCCGUCAUCUUUUUGUAUGAAAUGCACAUAUUUUGCAGAGUUUUUAUUUGGAAAUAAACCCCAGGCUGCAAAGUCAAA